AUGUUAAAAACGCUGGCCCAUAGCACAGUUAGACGUCUGGCUUCUUCAUCCCGGAAUCCAUCUUUUGCCAAAGUCGAAGCAUCAGAUCUUCGGGUAUUCGAAAAGAUUUGUGGUCAGAAUCAUGUGAAAACUGCGGACAUCGACAAUUUCAAAACGGACUGGACAAAGGCGUUCAAAGGUGACCCAGCUUGUGUGUUGUUGCCAAGUUCUACAGAGGAGGUAUCAGCGAUAUUGGCGCACUGCGCUCGAAGGCGAAUCGCUGUCGUUCCACAGGCUGGUAAUACUGGUUUAGUUGGCGGUUCCGUUCCAGUGCACGACGAGGUUAUCUUAUCAGUACGAAAUAUCAACAAACACUUUGAAUUCGAUGAAGUUUCAGGCCUCUCCGAGUGCUUUGAUAUGAGUUGCAGUCAUCUAUUGGACAACAGCUUGUAUUUCAGCUAUAUGAUGCCGUAUGAUCUCGGUGCGAAGGGCUCUUGCAUGAUUGGUGGUAAUGUGGCAACAAGUGCCGGUGGAAUACGCCUGUUACGAUAUGGCAGUCUCCAUGCACAUCUUUUAGGAUUAACCGUGGUUCUACCAACAGAAGAGGGUUCGAUAGUAAAGUUGGGCUCAACACAUCGUAAAGACAACACAUCGCUUCACACUCCUCACCUAUUUCUAGGCAGUGAGGGACAAUUGGGUGUUAUAACCCGAGUUGUAAUGAGUACUGUGCCGAAGCCAGUGUCAGUACAAAGUGCGAUGUUGGGAGUGGAUACAUUCGACGGCUGCUGCAGUGUGCUUCGUCUAGCCAAACGUCAUCUGUCAGAAAUUCUCUCGUCCUUUGAAUUUCUCGAUUGUGAAACGAUGACCCUUCUCGAUGAAAGGCUUGGCUUAAAGCCUGUCCUACAAUCGAAUCCACGAUUUACAAUACUUGUAGAGACCUCAGGCUCCAGUGCAGCACACGACUCUGAGAAAAUGGAAAAAUUUCUUAGUCACUGUAUCAGCAGCGGACUGGCUUCCGAUGGUGUACAGGUGGGCGGAUCUGGUAGCUAA